AUGUCAUUGAAAGACAAGUUACAGGAUAAUGAUAGUGAAGAUUCGUUGAUUUCACAGUUUGAAACGACUUUGACUAUUAAAUCAACGGCCAACGAGUAUGAUGAUGAUAUAUCAAUGGCUCACUCCACAUUCUAUAAUCAUUCAGUCAAUUAUAAGAAUGAAGAUUUGGAGGAUGAUCCAGAAGCCGUGGAGAGGGAGAUGACCUCUUUCAGAGGUAAGAGACAAAGUAGAUUAAUACCGUAUGAAGCAGUGAAGAUCAAACCUGAAAUUAAACAUGAGAUCAAGGAUAAAGAGAAAGAUAAGGAAAGGAAAAACAGAUCACGCUCCACAUCAAGAUCAAAGUCUAAAUCUCCAAGUCCUCCACCUCCAUCCAUAGCACAGCAUUUAAACGAUCAAUUAAAGAAUUAUGAUAAAGUAUUGAGAUCUAAUUCCUUGAUUGAUAAAUCAUUAAGUAAAUUUACUAGAUCAUUUAAAGAAUUCUUAAAUUCAAAUCCUCAAAUUGAAAAGGAAUCACCAAAAUUUAAACGUGAAACCGAAAAAACAUUAGUCAUUUUAUCACCAUAUUCUGCUGAACAUGCUUUUGGUAGAAGUUGGGUUACAAAAAGUUAUUUAUCAACAAUAUUCGAAAGACCUCAAAGAUUAUUAGCAUCAUGUAUUGGAGUUUCAGCUGCAUUAACCAUGUUUCCAUUUUUCUACAAAAUUGUCAAUAGUACAAAAAGAGGAUCCAUUUUUUCAUCUCAUGUAUUAAAAAUUCAUGGGAAGAAUUGGCCAACCAAAUUAUAUGAACUUUGUUUAGAAAGUCAUGAAAAAUUAACCAAUGAUCAAUUGGAAGUUCCUGAAGAUUGGAAUACUGGUGAUAUUUAUUUAGUUCCCAAAACCAUAAAUGCCAUUGAAGGGGUUAUUGGGGCUAUUGAAACAGGGAUAGAUUCUUUGUAUACUAAAAAUUAUAAUUUAUCAUUUGUAUUGAUAAGACCUCCUGGUCAUCAUAGUCAUGCUUGUUUACCAAGUGGAUUUUGUCUUAUAAAUAACGUUCAAAUCGGUAUAGAAUACGCAUUUGAGAAGUAUGAUGUUAGUCAUGUAGCUAUAUUAGAUAUUGAUUUACAUCACGGUGAUGGAUCACAAGAUAUUUGUUGGGAAAGAGCUGGAUUUGCAGGUGAUUUUGGUAAAGAUGAAACUGAUGAAAUUGAACGUUUAAAUGAUGAAAAGAAUCCAAGAAAUGAGUAUGGGAAAAGAUUUGCUUUAUUUCCAAAAGUUGGAUAUUUUUCAUUACAUGAUAUUAAAUCAUAUCCUACAGAAUUAGGUUAUGCAACCAAAGAAAAUAUUAAAAAUGCUUCAACAUGUAUAAUGGAUCAUGAUUUGAAUAUUUGGAACGUUCAUUUACAAGAAUGGCAAGAUGAAGAAGAUUUCUAUAAAUUAUAUCAAACCAAAUACGUUCAAAUUCUUAAUAGAGUCAAUCAAUUUUUAAAUAAUGCUAAAAAGCAGUAUGAUUCAGAUUUCAAAACUUAUGUCGAAAUGAAACAACAAGAUAGUAGUUUAAAACCUCCUUUACCAUUCAAACCAUUAAUUAUAAUUUCAGCAGGAUUUGAUGCCUCCGAAUAUGAAAAUCCUCAAAUGCAAAGACAUGGAAUCAAUGUUCCUACAUCAUUUUAUGCUAAAUUUACUAAUGAUGUGGUCAAAUUAUCAAAAAUCCAUGACUCAAAGAUCAUGUCAUUCCUUGAAGGAGGAUAUUCAGAUGGUGCAUUAACAACAGGGAUUUUUUCCCAUUUAAUUGGUUUAACUAAUACCAUUUAUGAAGAUCAAGAUAGUAAUUUAUGGAAUAACACUUGGGGUUCCGAACAAGUAAUGAAAGAAUUAACCAAAGGUUGUAAGAAAAACUGGCUUCCUUAUAAACAACCCAAAGCUGAUGUUACAGUUUGGGCCAAUGAAGUUAUUAAAUUAGGUAGAGCUAUGAUGCCAAAUUCCAUAUUACCAAGUAACUAUAUUUAUGAGUAUAAAGAGAAAGAUGAUAAGGACAAAGAAGACAAACUUUUGGAAAAACUCACCGAUGAAAAACAAGUUCGUCAUACAAGAUCAUAUUUCAAAAAGUUACUCGAACAACAGAACCUGCCUAAAUCCCCUAGGUGA